AUGAAGUGUCUUUUCUCUCCAACCUUGAUGUGGAUGGCAGUGGUGGUGACCUCUUGGGUCAUCAUACCUGCAGCAACUGACACCUCAUCAGCAAAAAGCUGCUCUGAAUGUCACGCCAAUGCCACUUGUACGGUGGACGGCGCUGCCACGACCUGCGCCUGCCAGGAGGGCUUCACUGGUGACGGCCUCGAGUGUGCGGAUCUGGAUGAAUGCGCCAUUCUGGGGGCGCACAACUGCUCCGCCACCAACAGCUGCGUGAACACGCUGGGCUCCUACACAUGCGUCUGCCCUGAAGGUUUCCUCCUGAGCUCGGAGCUCGGCUGCGAGGAUGUGGACGAGUGUGCAGAGCCAGGGCUCAGCCGCUGCCACGCCCUGGCCACCUGCAUCAAUGGCGAGGGCAACUACUCAUGCGUGUGUCCCGCGGGCUACGUGGGGGACGGGAGGCACUGUGAGUGUUCCCCGGGCUCCUGCGGGCCUGGGCUAGACUGCGUGCGGGAGGGUGACGCGCUAGUGUGCGCUGACCCGUGCCAGGCGCACCACAUCCUGGACGAAUACUGGCGCAGCACAGAGUACGGCUCCGGCUACGUCUGUGAUGUCAGUCUGGGCGGCUGGUACCGCUUCGUGGGCCAGGGCGGCGUGCGCCUGCCCGAGACCUGCGUGCCUGUCCUGCACUGCAACACGGCCGCGCCUAUGUGGCUCAACGGCACGCACCCAUCGAGCGACGAGGGCAUCGUGAACCGCGUGGCCUGUGCGCACUGGAGCGGCGACUGCUGCCUGUGGGACGCGCCUGUCCAAGUGAAGGCCUGUGCCGGCGGCUACUACGUGUACAACCUGACGGCGCCCCCUGAGUGCCAUCUGGCUUACUGCACAGACCCCAGCUCUGUGGAGGGGACGUGUGAGGAGUGCCGUGUGGAUGAGGACUGCAAAUCGGAUAAUGGCGAAUGGCACUGCCAGUGCAAACAGGACUUCAAUGUCACUGAUGUCUCCCUCCUGGAGCGCAGGCUGGAAUGUGGGGUUGAUGACAUUAAGUUGUCCCUGAGCAAGUGCCAGCUGAAGAAUCUGGGGUUUGAGAAGGUCUUCAUGUACCUGCGUGACAGCCAGUGCUCAGGCUUCACUGAGAGCGGCGACCGGGACUGGAUGUCUGUGGUGACCCCAGCCAGGGAUGGCCCCUGUGGGACAGUGAUGACGAGGAAUGAGACCCACGCCACAUACAGCAACACUCUCUACCUGGCAGAUGAGAUCAUCAUCCGUGACCUCAACAUCAGAAUCAACUUUGCGUGCUCCUAUCCCCUGGACAUGAAAGUCAGCCUGAAGACCUCCCUGCAGCCAAUGGUCAGUGCCCUCAACAUCAGCAUGGGCGGGACCGGCACAUUCACCGUGAGAAUGGCGCUCUUCCAGAGCCCUGCCUACACACAGCCCUACCAAGGCUCCUCUGUGACCCUGUCCACAGAGGCGUUUCUCUACGUCGGCACCAUGCUGGAUGGGGGCGACUUGUCCCGGUUUGUACUGCUCAUGACCAACUGCUAUGCCACGCCCAGCAGCAAUGCCACAGACCCCUUGAAAUACUUCAUCAUCCAGGACAGAUGUCCACGCGCUGUGGACUCAACCAUCCAAGUGGAGGAGAAUGGGGAGUCCCCUCAGGGCCGGUUUUCUGUCCAGAUGUUCCGUUUUGCUGGAAACUACGACCUGGUGUACCUGCAUUGUGAAGUGUAUCUCUGUGACACCGUGAAUGAAAAGUGCAGACCUACCUGCCCUGAGACCAGAUUCCGCAGUGGGAGCAUCAUAGACCAAACCCGUGUCCUGAACUUGGGUCCCAUCACACGGAAGGGGGGCCAGGCUGCAGUGUCAAGGGCUGCUCCCAGUAGCUUGGAGCUCCUACAGGUCUGGCUGCCUCUGCUUCUGUCGGCCACUUUGACCCUGACGUCUCCGUGA